UGAGUCCUAUUGUCCCCUAUAGUCUGUUCAAGAUGCACUGGAACCCAGAGCAUGCCCAGCCUCUCAGCCAGUGGCCUGAGCAGCACCUGGAUGUCUCCUCCACCACCUCAUCUCCGGCCCACAAGUCAGAGUUAUACUCUGGCCGCGGCCGCAACUCCAGCAACUACGCCUGGGCCAAUGACGACAUCUCCGCCCUGACAGCCUCCAACCUGUUGAAGCGCUAUGCUGAUAAGUACGCUGGUGUGCUUGACUCACCAUAUGACAAGCCACCUACUGGUGGCACAUACCAUGAGCCUGGAGCCUUUGGGAGCCUCAAUGGGCCGAAGACUGAGCUAGAGCCCUGGCCACCGACACACAGCACUGAUGCCUCCUAUUCCCUGGGAGGCCACGACAGCCUCUCAGGUUCCAAAGUUUUAGCCACAUCUGCGGGUUUACCGGGAGUUGGCAGUGUGUCAGUAGUGAACAGUAACCUCUCAGACUCUGGCUACAGUGGCAGCAGCUCCUGCAGUGGCUCCAGUGAGUACCCCAGCUACAAUGGCACCUAUCUUUCCUCUGGGUACUGUCCCCAAUCUAGUGCAGCACUUCCCCCUUCCUCCCUGCACAGCCUCCAAUCCACCCCUUCUCUGGUCCCCAGCUAUAGCCCCAACACACCUGUCUAUAACUAUCCCCCAAGCACAUACCCUCCCCAGACCAGCUAUAGCCACCCCUCUGCAACCUACCUGGCCUCAGGUCUACCUGUCCCAACUCCUGUACCCUCGAGGCCCACAGUGGUAGGAGGCAGCUAUGGUUACCACAGCACCACCCUCGGGACAUCUGAAUCUGGAGGGACAUUAAAAAGAAAAGCAUUUGAGAUGAACAUAGAAAAGGAUGAGGAAGGGGAUGGCUCUCGUUACAGGAAAUAUGGCUACGACCCCUUGAAGGCCGGUGGAAACUCACCCUACGGCGUAAAUGACAAAACAGAGUGCCGGGGUAAUGGCUACAAUGGUUCAGGCAGCACAGACCCUCAAACCUUCAAGCCAAGUAAGCCCUCCUCCCAGCCUCUGGUGUCUCCUCAGUAUGGAGCAGCAGGGGAGUACAGCCCUCCAGCAGGUAUGACAGGGGAGAACGGUGUAACAGAGCAGGGCUUCAACCAACAGCAGCAGCACCGUGCCCAGGCCCACAAACGAUCCCCACUAUGUGGUCCAACUGUUGAAACUAUGAAGAGCCCAGAUCCCAGACUGCUGGACCUUGUCAAUGGGGAGUUAUUAGACUGCAACCCGGCCCUUGGUUGGAAUGAUCUUGCCGGGCUCACCCAUGUCAAGACUGCCCUGGAGGAGGACCUGCUGUGGCCUGUAUUAAGGCCCAGUCCAGUUGUGCGGCCACCAAGAACCGUCCUGCUGUUUGGCCCCCGGGGAGGAGGUAAGACGACGUUGACUCGUUCUUUGGCUUCACAACUGGGGGCUUCCUUCUACCAGCUGAGUGGAGCCAUGCUGGCCUCUAAAGGGAAGGCCGAGGCAGAGCACAUUCUGGGGUCUCUCUUGCAUGUGGCAGGGGCCCGUCAACCGUCAGUGGUGCUACUUAGUCAGGUUGAGGCCAUGGAAGAGGACGGGCUGAGGCAGACACUGUUGACCACCCUGGAGAAAGCCCAGGUGGGGACCCCUGGUCUGGUGAUUCUUGUCUGCACCACUGGCAGGCCAGAUCUGCUGCAAGACGCAGUUCAUCAGAGCUUUGCCAAGCGAUAUCAUGUUGGCCUGCCAGAUGUAGGUAUGCGCAGGCAAGUGCUGCUGCAGGCUGUGUUGCCCCAGGGCUGCAGCCUGAGCGAGAGGGAGCUCAGCGCUGUGCUUCAGCGCACCGAUGGCUUCUCAGUGUGUGAGCUGCUGCAGCUCAGCCAGCAGGCGCUCUCCUCAGCAGCCUCCCCCACUGGGGCCAUGCAUGGCCUCCCCACAUCCUCCAAACCCCCAGCCUUCACAGACUUCGAGAAUGCCUUCUGCAAGGUGCGCCCACACACCACCACAAAAGAACUGGACACUUGUAUAGAGUGGAGCAAGAUGUAUAGCCACUGA